AUGAGAUCUGAUUAUGAAAGUGAUUCUGAACAUUUAGAGUUUGUCUCAAGCUUUUUUCAUCUCAUUUAAGCUAUUAAUAAUUGUAUUCUUUAUUAAUCAUAUUAAAGAUUGCCAUAGUAAAGCAUAGAAGAAUAGAACUGCAAAAUUCAUUAAAAAUGCUAAAGCGCGAAGAAGUAAUUAAUUUUAAACUAUUUAUUGAUAGAAGUUGCAGAGAUAAAUUUCAAAAUGCCAUUGAGUGUUGAUGAAAAUGUAUCAGAAAUAGUCUCCUUCAAUAAAAACUUAGCAUAAAAAUUAGUUAAAUCAAUGAGAAAUUAAAGUAAAAAUUUAGAAAAUUCAGAAAUCUAACCUAUUAUUUGCAAAGUUCAUUAAAUACUUAGGUAAAAUCAUUUUUUAAUAAAUCAAGAGAUAUCUAAUUGAAAUUAUAGAUCUUAAGAAAUAUUUAAAAAUAAGUUUAUUUGAAUUUAAUUUAAUAUCACAAAAAAAUGCCAUCUAAAUUGUAACAAAGAACAAGUUGUUUACAUAUGUAAAAUCAAACUAUAUAUUAUACUCUUUAGAUAUUUAGCUGAAAAAAUAUAUGCUGAUAAAAUAAAAAAUACAGCCAUUCGUUAAAUAAUUCAUGAAACUCCAAAUAUAGUAAUCCCCUUGUUCAAAAAUAUAAUUUAAACUAGAAAUGGAAGCAUGGAUUGA